CUGAAAAGGCGCCGAAAACAAAGUCGGCAGUUACCAAACUCUGCAGAGAAAAGUACAGUGCUAACAAGCAGAACAAUGAGUAACAAUAUUACUACAAAAGGGAGAUUCAAGUUCAAGAAGCCAGGAAGCAGUCUCAGUUUGAAUAAGCCAAAACCACCUAGUAAUGUGCUCACCACAUGUAAUACUGUAGGGCUGGAUAAACUUUCAAACACUGUACAAGUAAACACUAAUAAAUCUAACUUUGGAAAAGAUGAGGAUGUGAUGUUUUUAUCCCAGACGAAGCCUGCCUUUCAGGCAGACAGAUUUUCAAGUAAUAAAGUGGAGAAUUGCAAACCAAAGAAGGCAACUUCAGUUCAGCAGUGUAUUACAGCAUUUACAACACAAGCAAAACCUAAACCUGUAGCUGCAGUAGCCCCACACAGGUCCCCAGAGAAAAAUGAAGUUCACCCAAUACAAAGGUCGGAGGCCAAAGUUCAGCCUGUACAAAGGUCAGAGAUCAAAGGAAUCAAGAGGAAAUCGGACGAGAUGGAGAAUAACUGGCACAUGAAGAAUGUCUCGGAAAUGUUUUCAUCAUUUAAUGAUGAUUGUGAUGAUGACUUUGAUGAUUUUGAUGUUAAAUCUGGUUCACCAGCAUUUAAAAAAAGUUUGUCUGGUAAAAAGAAGGUAGAAGAUGUUGUUGCUGAAAGUGAUGACAAUGAUGAAAUGAUUGCACCUAAAAUGAAGAAGAGACGGACACUGGAGUUCUCUGAUGAGGAAGAUCAGUGCGCGGAAAAGGAGACCCAUGCUCAGAUUGCUUCAGUGGAAAGUAAAGAAAACUGUCCAAAUAUUGAAUCCAUCAAGCAUCUACCAGACACAGAUUUAGAGGAGUUACAGAUAAAGCUUCUGAAAGUCACUGAUGAGAUAAGUGAGCUGGUUGGUCAUCUAACUGUUACUGAUAUGAUGUCAUGUUUUAAAAAUAACUUUCAUCAUGUGCAAGACCUUCUUUUAAAGAGGACUAAACUGAAGCAACAGGUGGGAUCAGAAAAUCUUUUUCAAAAAGUACCUCAUCAGUCUGGUCAGCAGUUUCCUAGGGCACACAGUGAUUCAUUUAAGAUAUCUGAUGACCCAGGACAAUGUAGAUUUAAAACUAUGACACCUGAAAAUGUUAACAAAGCGAGACAGGAACCUAUUACCAGCACUGUACAAAGACCAUUAGUGUCCUCUCGUUUGUCAAACAGUGGAAACAAAUUGGGGUCACCAAUUCCAUGUGGCGAUAGUUUCUUUGAAGAUGAUGCCAUUUUGACUCAAACACAUGUUAAUUUCAUGUCAAGAUUUAGUCGGCAUUCGGUGAGCGGACCUCUAGACAUUUCAAACACCUCUAGUACUACCUCAACCCCGGUGUCUUUUCCAAGACCCAAAUCAACACCAGCUGUGCUGCAGAAAAAUAGUGUACAAAUUUUUUCCGAAAAUGUUUCAAAAACAGGUUGUAAUAAUUCAAACAGUGUUCUGAAUAUUUCAUCAGAUACAUCAAUUAUUACCCCUAAUCGGCCAAAAUCAACAUAUUUAUCUAAUGCCUCCAAACAACCAGGAUCUGUUGUAAAACUGGGAGAUUAUGAACCUGAUAUGUUUGAUAGCAUUGAUGAGGAUAUGAAUCUCAAUAUGGCAGAAGAAUUUAACUUUGGUUACAAACUUGCUAACCAGUCUGUAUCAUCUAGAAAAACAGUUAACCAGUCUAAAAUUGGUACAGUAAAGGAAGAUAAUACUGUGUUUUCAGAGAAUCUUGAGGAUUACUCAAAAGAUGAAUUGAUUGAUGAUUUUGAUGAAGAUGAUGAUGAAGAUUUUAACCGAAUUCUUUCACAGGAUGAUCUACCUCAAAUAUCCAUACCGAAGAAUUCCAGACAAUCUACAGGUUCAGCAAGAAACUCAACCAGUCUUAUUACAGAGCCUCCUCAGGAACAUAGUGAAUACUCCGGUUAUGCCUUUGAGCACUGCCGAGAAAUGGUGAAAGUGUUUAACCAGGUGUUUGGUCUUCAGAAGUUCCGACGUCACCAACUAGAAGCCUGCAAUGCUGCUUUACUGCAGAAUGAUACUUUUGUCCUAAUGCCUACAGGUGGUGGCAAGAGUCUUUGUUACCAGUUACCUGCCCUUGUUUCUGGUGGUGUCACUAUAGUUAUCUCCCCUCUUAGAGCUCUGAUUCAGGAUCAGGUGCAGAAACUGAAUUCUUUACAGGUACCAGCGGGUCAUUUGUCGAGUGAUGUAUCGCAGAGUGAAGCUGACAUGCUGUACAGAAAAUUAUACAAGAGAGUGCCAGAAAUCAGACUGCUGUAUGUCACACCUGAAAAAAUUUCUGCGAGUGAAAAGUUACUGAGUGUCCUAGAGAACCUCUACAGUAGAAAAGUCCUUGACAGAUUUGUCAUAGAUGAGGCACAUUGUGUCAGCUCGUGGGGACAUGAUUUCCGACCGGAUUACAAGAAACUUGGUGUACUGAAGACGAAGUUCCCUGGAGUGCCCCUGAUGGCCCUAACUGCCACAGCCACAAUGAGGGUCAGGAAGGAUAUCUGUCAUCAACUACAUAUGAAGGACCCCAAAUGGUUUACAUCAAGCUUCAAUCGUCCAAAUCUCAAGUUUGAAGUUCGUUCGAAGAAACCAUCUACAGCAACUAAUGAUAUUAUAAAGAUGAUAAAAGAAGACUUUCCAGGGAAAUGUGGAAUUGUUUACUGUCUUUCAAGGAAAGAAUGUGAUGAUGUAGCCAAGGCAUUAAGUAAAGCAGGUAUAUUGUCUGUAUCAUACCAUGCUGGAUUGACAGACGGAGAGAGAACUAUGAUACAGGAAAAAUGGAUUAAAGGAAACAGAUGCAAGGUUAUAUGUGCAACAAUUGCCUUUGGUAUGGGUAUUGACAAACCUGAUGUGAGAUUUGUGAUCCACUACUCGCUGCCAAAGUCAGUGGAAGGUUACUAUCAGGAAGCUGGUCGCGCUGGACGUGACGGUCUCCUCGCAUACUGUAUACUGCUGUAUACAUACCAGGAUGUUAAACGGCUUCGGAGAAUCAUUGAAAUGGAUCAGAGUGCUACGUACGAAUCAAAGCGUGUUCAUAUAGACAACUUGUUCAGGAUGAUACAGUAUUGUGAGAACGUGGCGGACUGUCGUAGAGCUCAACUACUCACUUAUUUCGGAGAGAUGGGAUUUGACAGAGCCCAGUGUAGCCAAGUGAAACAAGCUAUAUGUGAUAACUGUGUCUCAAAGGAUUCCUUCAAACUACGAGAUGUUACAGAGGAUGUUAAAGCCAUUAUUCAAUGUGUGAGAGAUCUCACUUCCUCCAGGAGAAAUAGUGACUACACCCUUAUACACUUUGUGGAGAUGUUUAAAGGCUCAAAGAACUCUAAGAUCACAGAAGCUGGCCAUGACAGACAUCCAAUGCAUAGUCGAGGUUCUGCGUAUAGUAGACAGGACGCUGAUCGCCUGUUCCGUAAGCUUGUCAUAGAUGGUGUUCUCAUGGAAGAGUUAAAAAUCACGGCAAUGGAUCAUACAGCAUGCUACAUUAGACUGGGCAGAAAAUCUCAAGAUGUUUUAAAUGGAAAGUUGAAGAUUGAGUUACAAGUACAAGAAAACCGUAAGAAGAAGGAAAUAAAGAUUGGUACAGAACCUGUCAGCGAGAAAGCCAGACUUACAGAAAAUUGUUAUGAGGAACUCAAGUCAUUGGCAGAGGAAAUUGUGAGGGAGAAGUCAGGAACUGUAAAUUUUUUCAACAUUUUCUCACACAACUUGCUACGUGUUAUGUCAGAGAAGCUUCCUACGACAGAGGAAGGACUGUUAACUUGUGAGGGAAUGACGACGAACAAAUUACGCCAGUAUCAAGCAGAGCGAUUCCUCAACAUAACAAAUAAUUAUGCUGCUUUGAUUAAUUCCCUACAAGAAGCAGAACAAACUGUUGAGGACAGUGACCCUGAGGAAUGGAUGACCUCUACAACAUCAGACUAUUUCCCCAGUUCUAAUACGUCAAGUUACUCACGAGGUGGUCGAGGCAGGGGUAAAAGUAGAGGAGGUGGCAAUAAAAAGCAAUAUUUCCGCAAGAAGAAGGCUGCUACAGGGAAGACAGGGGCUAGAGGAGGGUAUGGGAAGAAAAAAUCUGCCAGUUCUACAAGCACUUCAAGCUCUGGUUCCGGCUGGUUCUCUAAAUCUUCCUCUGGUACCUCACUCAACCAGUUCCAAUACAAGACUUCAGGUUCAUCCUCAUCAGCAGCCCCAAGGAGGCCAGGUACCAGUGGUGGCCCUGGAAUGAUGCCAGUACCCCAGCCAAAAAGAUCAUUUCUGUCAAAUGUAGGACAGUACUUCUGAUGAAAAGCUUUGCAGUAGAAAUAUUCUGUGAACCUAAUUGCAAUCUAGAAAUAAUCUCUGAACCUUACUGCAAUGUAGAAAUCUUCACUCAUCUUAACACAAGAAAUGUUCUUUUUAGAAAUUUCAACAGCUACUUCUUUGGCCAGAGAAGUGAUAGAUAAUUGUUACCAAGAUGUAGUAAGGAGCUGUUGGGAACAAUAAUCUAUAUGUAAAAUGAACACAAAGGUAUGACUUGCUAUUCUCAAGGGAACACUGGAACAAAAAGUGUCAGAAACGCACAACAAGGGAAAAAGCUUCUACUUUGUGAGUGAUGUGAAGUGUUCAUUUAAUAGCAGGUUUCAAGUAAGCUGUGCUAUAGUGGAAUCAUAUGGCACACUAUGUGUUUAUGUGAGCACUUAGUGGUGAGAGCUCACCACUUGUGUACUUGAGGGAAAGUUUUUGAUGGACAGUAAACAAACUCUUGCAAUAAACCGCAUGGUUUAAAUAUGUACAGGAGGAACCAUUUUAUAUAAAAAAAAAAUCAUCUUAAAAUUGCCAUUAUUUCAAACAAUAUGGGUAUUUACCAUAGAACUGCUGCAUCAAAAUUUUGCUUGGUUUACACUACAAAUAUAAAACUGUUAGCGUUAAGCUUUGUUUUCACUGAAAACAGGGAUAUUCAUUUGUUUCAAACCUGUUUAUGAAUACAUUUUAUCAUUUUAUUUUGAAGAAGCGGAAGUCAAUUACUUUUUAUUCAAAACAUAAGUGCAGAGUUAAGCAAAAGUAUGAAUUAAUGCUGUAUUUAGUCAAAAUAUAUUUAGCAAAAUAUUUUAGGAUAAAAUGCAAACUUUCAUUUUUAUUCUCUUAAAAAAGUCUGAAUGUCUGAAAAACAUGAUAAGGGAGUGUCCGAUUAGAAUGAUAUUUUACGUUCUCAUUUAUUUUUUCUGUGGAUGAAUUUUACAAAAUUUUGUUUUAUGCUUUUACUUAUAUGUACAUUAAUUAUGUGACAAUAUUUUAUCUUGUCAGUGUAUUGUUAAUUGUUAUUAAAUGUUUUAAAUCGU